AACCUAUGUUAUGCUCUGCCCACCCGAUGAGAAAUGAUGGAGAGGAACGUCGGAAGGCCCUGGACUGCUCAAGAAGAUGCGUUUUUGAGGCAAGCGGUCGCUAUUCACGGGGAAAACGACAACUGGAAGACUAUCGCCCAAUUCGUGCCAGGUAGAACUAAUAAAGCGUGUCGAAAGAGAUGGAGGCAUUCUUUGUCACCCAAUGUUAAGAAGUCUGCGUGGACGCCUGAGGAAGACGAGCUCCUGUUGCAGCUCUACGCGAAGCAUCACACGAAGUGGUCGCUUAUUGCGCGUCAGAUCCCCGGUCGCACGGACGACGCUUGCUCGAAACGGUACAGAGAGGCCUUAGAUCCAUCUCUGAAGAAGAGUGAAUGGACACCGGAGGAGGACUCCGUAUUAUUAGACUUAUACCAGAGGCUGGGAGGCAAAUGGGGUCAGAUUGGCCAGGAAUUGACACGCAGCGGUCUAGCUUGUCGAAAUAGAUGGAGGCUCCUCGAGAGAAAGAAGAGCCACGCUCAGCCUUCUGUCGCUCUUGAUCCGGCCCCUGCUGUUCAAAAUACUACACCAGCAUCUGAUCCUUCGGUCUCGUCGUCAUGGACCGAUCUGCCAGUGCUCUCUUACUGGCAGACAUAUACCACGGAUGCCCCUUUGUCUCUGGACGGAGCAGAAACAACCGGAAUAGACACCAGCCAUGGGAUUAUACCUAGGGUCGAUCCCCCACCUUUCCAAUUCACAUCGUCCUCUCUGAGUUCUGCGCUGUCCACUCCGAGGCCCCAGCCGAGGUUACCCCCGGCACAGCCUCCUGACAGUGAGCAACAACGUCCGCAAUUCAAUUAUGAAAUUACGAGCGGCCAGAUACACGUUGACUGCGAUCCACAGAGCGCCGAUCUUCAUAGGAAUGUCGAGAGGUCGCCAGAUAUACCUGUAUAUAAUCCUGAGUACGGUGGGCAGGUGCAGGCCUGUCCUCAAUCGUACAACUUCGCGCCUAACGGUUACGCCCCUAUCGAUGUCUCUGCCCACACAUACGGCGACAAUCGCGCCCCAUGCACUCAGAUCUCUUUGGGCCAUGACUGCCCGCCGCAGGUCACUUCGAUAUCCUUUGCUCACGAUGGCCAUGACCGCCGGAACGAACAUCAGGACAUCGUCAUGGGCGAGGGAAACCCGGAUAACCAGAACUGCUUUCCAUACCAUCAAAACAUAUCGCCCGUCUCUGAACACAACGUUUCACCUAUCACCAUCACCAUUCCCGAGUCGCAACACGUUCCUGAGGAUAGCCAUCUGCCGGAUGUCUGUCCGUCCCCUUACUCUUCGUACACCCCCACGGCUGCAUCACCUCGCCCUCCGGCCGUCAUACAACUCUCGCCAGCGGAGCCAGAUCUCCAUGGGAUAAGUGAGACCAGCUCACGCAAUUCGCCCGCCGGCUCGGGGCCGUCAGGCGUCCGUCGCCGCGGACGAAGCCGACCUUCUACGGCCACGGCGCAGGGCGCCCGAAGGAAGCAAGGAGACCGACCGCGCAAGCUCGACUCGGAUCUACCGGUUUCUUCAGACCCUUCCAUCAAGGCCUACGCUUGUGGUCAUCCGCAAUGCUGGCCUGCUUCAGCUGCCACCAGCUCCUCGAUAUUUGCCACCUCCCACGGCCUUUCUGAGCACUGUAAGGAACGGCAUGCUGACAUGAAUAUCAUCGCCGUUGGUGGCACUGGCAAUGACCAGCCAUUCCGGUGUGGGUUGGAAGGAUGUGGGAGGGGUUGGAAGAGUCUGAACGGACUGCAGUACCAUCUACAAGUAUCCAAGGCGCACUUCAUCAAGGCAAUCACGACCGCUUCCGCUCCUUCUUCGCCUCCCGCCACCCCCGCCGACGCCGCUUCAAAUACAGUUCUGUCGGGCCUAAAUAGUGACGGCAGCGUUGCCGUGAGGUCCUCCACGAAGUAUGAGAAACGGAAGGAACAUCGCUGUCCCCACCCAUCGUGCCCCAAUGUAUACAAGCAGCUCAGCGGGCUGAGAUACCAUCUUCUACACAGUUGCUAA